GAAAAAUAUGCUAGACCACUCCCUUACGUUUGCUGGCAAGAGAAAGAACAACUUACAUAAUAUACAUAUAAAUACAUAUAUGUCUCCUGAGCUCAAGAAGGGCGACCCAGUUCAGGUUUUUCUGUUCCGAUUUUAAAGAUCAAAGGCCAUGGCAUCUAGAGGAUCCAAAUCAGCAGCUUCCGUCCUCCUAAUCGUCAAUCUUGUUUUAUAUUUUAUUGUAACAGUGAUCGCUGCAUGGGCUGUAAGUCAUGGGAUUCAGAGAUCUCGCGAGACAGCAUCUGUUUUGUCUAUUCCGGCUCGCAUAUUUCCAAUAUACUUCCCAUUCGGAAACUUGGCGACUGGUUUCUUUGUCAUCUUCUCCCUCAUUGCCGGCGUUGUGGGCAUGGCUACCUCACUUACAGGGCUCAACAAUGUUUCUCAAUGGAAUGCACCCAACUUGCACGCAGCAGCGGCCUCUUCUCUGACAACUUGGGGACUCACUCUAUUAGCCAUGGGACUGGCAUGUAAAGAGAUCGAACUUGGUUGGACAGAUUCAAACCUGAGGACUCUUGAGACCAUCACCAUUGUUGUGAGUGCGACACAAACGUUUUGCGCGGGUGCUCUCCAUGUAGGGCUAGGUAGAGCUUGAAGAUGUUGUUUGAGCUCCAGCGUGCAACAUUAACGCUUUGCUGUUGAUUCCCUCAUAUAUAACUUGUGUAAUUGUAUUAAUGCCAAUAAUUUCGGUUUUUACAUUUUAAAUUCGUUUUUCUUUUUCUUUUCUUUUUUUGAGGUGAGAAUUUCCUAGUGUUGAUCUUAAUCGGACCAUGAAAAUAGUUUAAUAAAUGCAUGGUCUACUGAUAGCUAGCAACGAAUGAAAGUACUUGAAUUACUUGCAAC